CCACAUUAACAUUUGGCGCCGUAUUUGACGCGGGAUUUUACAUUAGGUCUUGUCUGCAGCUGCGGUCGACAAAUCCGGCUCAGUUGUGCAAGGGAGCGGGCUCGUCGAUGCUGUGAACAAAGCAAGUUGUCUGCUAGACAAGUUCUCGGCACUACAGUUUUUCUUUGAACACAAAUUGUCUACUUGUUACGUCUCCGGCUGCUGUCUGUAUUUUUGAAGUACCCUACGAUAUACUGGUUGUCAAGAUCACCAUGUAUGUUCAAAAACGAGGCGGCCGCAGAGAAAGUGUUCACUUUGACAAAAUCACUUCAAGAAUCCACAAACUGUGCUAUGGCUUACACAAGGACUUUGUUGAUGCGGCUGCAAUUACCUUGAAGGUCAUCAAUGGCCUGUACCCGGGAGUGACUACUGUCGAGCUGGACAAUCUGGCAGCUGAGACAGCAGCCACGAUGACCACCAAACAUCCUGACUACGCCAUAUUGGCUGCUCGUAUCGCCGUGUCAAACCUUCACAAGGAAAGCAAGAAAUUGUUCAGUGAUGCCAUGACGGACUUGUACAACUGGGUGAACCCAAAGACUGGUAAACAUUCUCCCAUGAUCUCAAAGGAAGUCUACGAGAUCAUUCAGAAAAAUGCUGAUAGGUUGAACUCUGCUAUCAUCUACGACAGAGACUAUUCAUACAACUAUUUUGGCUUCAAGACCCUAGAAAGAUCUUACCUUCUCAAGAUUGAUGGAAAAGUGGCAGAAAGACCCCAGCAGAUGCUGAUGAGAGUUGCUGUGGGAAUCCACCAAAAUGACAUCACUGCCGCUAUUGAGACCUACAACCUCCUGUCAGAAAAAUGGUUCACACACGCUUCGCCAACUCUGUUCAACGCCGGCACAAACAGACCACAGUUGUCCAGUUGUUUCCUGAUUGCCAUGCACUCUGACAGCAUCGAAGGCAUCUACGAUACCCUGAAACAGUGCGCUCUCAUCUCCAAAAGUGCUGGGGGCGUUGGGCUCCACGUGCACUGCAUCAGAGCUGCUGGAAGCUACAUUGCGGGGACAAAUGGAACGUCUAAUGGUCUGAUUCCUAUGCUGCGAGUCUACAAUAACACAUCAAGAUAUGUGGACCAGGGAGGAAACAAGAGGCCUGGAGCGUUUGCCGUUUACCUGGAGCCAUGGCAUGCCGACAUCUUUGAGUUCUUGGACCUGAAGAAGAACACUGGUGCUGAGGAGCAGAGGGCCAGGGAUUUGUUCUACGCCAUGUGGAUCCCGGACUUGUUCAUGCGCAGAGUGGAAGAAAAUGGAGACUGGACUUUGAUGUGUCCUCACGAGUGCCCAGGCUUGGCUGAUGUGUGGGGGGAAGAGUUUGACAAACUGUAUGAAAAGUAUGAGAAAGAAGGAAAGGGCAAGAAGACCAUGAAGGCCCAGAAGUUGUGGUACGCCAUCAUUGAGUCACAGACGGAGACAGGAACUCCGUACAUGUUGUACAAAGACAGCUGUAACCGAAAGUCCAACCAGCAGAACCUGGGCACCAUCAAGUGUAGCAACUUGUGCACAGAGAUUGUGGAGUACACCGCUCCUGAUGAGGUUGCCGUCUGCAACUUGGCUUCGAUUGCUUUGAACAUGUUUGUGAAACCCGACAAAACUUUUGACUUUGAGCGUCUUCAACACGUCACCAAAGUUGCGACUCGCAACUUGAACAAGAUCAUUGACAUCAACUACUAUCCUGUUCCUGAGGCUAAAAAUUCCAACAUGCGUCACCGUCCCAUCGGGUUGGGAGUUCAGGGUCUUGCUGAUGCUUUCAUCUUGAUGAGAUUCCCUUUUGACAGCCCAGAGGCCAAGCAGCUGAACAAGGAGAUCUUUGAGACGAUUUACUUUGCUGCCCUGGAUGCCAGUUGUGAGCUUGCAGAAAAAUUAGGACCCUACGAGACAUAUGAAGGCUCUCCUGUCAGCAAAGGCAUCCUGCAACACGAUAUGUGGGGCGUUAAAGAGGUGACGAAACUGGACUGGGCUGGACUCAGGCAGAGAAUUUCUAAGUUUGGAAUCCGCAACAGUCUUCUCCUUGCCCCCAUGCCAACCGCUUCGACAGCUCAGAUUUUGGGAAACAAUGAGUCUAUUGAGGCCUACACCAGCAACAUCUACACACGCAGAGUUCUCUCAGGGGAGUUCCAGAUUGUCAACCAACACUUACUGAAAGAUCUGACAGAGCUGGGAUUGUGGGAUGAAGAUGUCAAGACUCAAAUGAUUGCUGCUGGAGGUUCCAUCCAAGGAAUUGAGUGUAUCCCUGAUGAUCUGAAGGCUCUCUACAAAACUGUCUGGGAAAUCAAGCAAAAGGUGGUUCUUGAAAUGGCAGCUGACCGUGGUGCUUACGUUGACCAGAGCCAGUCACUGAAUAUUCACAUCGCUGAACCCAACUAUGGGAAGCUCUCCAGCAUGCACUUCUAUGCCUGGAAGCUGGGCCUGAAGACAGGAAUGUACUAUCUGCGCACCAAGCCAGCGGCACAAGCUAUUCAGUUCACUGUGGACAAGGCACGUCUUUCAGAGACCAACAAAACCAACACACCGAAGAAAGAAGCGGAGAAAGCCACUGUGCAGAAGGGCGCAUCAUCAGAUGACAAAGAAAAUGAAAGUGUAAAGAAAGAGAAUGAGAAGAACAAGAAUAUGGCUGUGUUGGCAUGCUCGCUGCAGAACAAGGACGAUUGUUUGAUGUGUGGAUCGUAAGAGUGUGCCGGGGGUGGGGGCGUGUUGUCUGUUUUGGUUUUGCAUGAUAUUCAUACUUGUGCUGUUUGUUUUGUUUGUAAUCUGUUUUAAAAGUGUCGUCAUGAUACAUUUACUUUUGUUUAGCGUAGGAUCUAAUUAAAAAAGCACGACACGACUCUCAUCAAGGUCAUCUAAAUUGAUGGUACCCAGGUACGUAUGUGUUAAUCUUUGAUCUUACUUCUCCUGGGGAGUCAAAACUUGCGUGUUUUGCUUGAGCCAGUCUUUUAACAAGAUGUGUUGAAGGAAUGUCUGUAGGCAGCUUCAUAUAGUUUGGUAUCUCUCAAGUUUCAAAAAGGAAAUUAAUUUUUAAAAUGCUCAUAUAGGACCUGGUUUGUGUUACAGUAAGGGUAUUUUUUAAAAACCAGUAUCAAUCAUUGAUAUGAUGAUAUUCAAUUAUUCCUGUAAUGCAAUGGAUUUUCCCCCUUUUGUUGUAUCUCCUCACGGCUAGCUGCAGUAGUCGGCUGUAUUGCCUGUAAGUUGUGUAUGGUUUGUGUAAACAGUAAAAUUGUACAUAGGUUUGAAAAAUGUUGUAUAAAUUUAGGCUACUGAUCUGAAUACCAUUUUCAUUCUCAAAUUUUAUGCGUUGUGUUCAUUUAUAAUCUUCACGCGCAUUGUUAAUUGGGGUCGCCAUAGUUUCUCUAACAGCUUUGCCCUUUUGUCAUAUGAAACUGUUAGAUUUCCUGUUGGUUUUUUCAGUGAUAAAUCAUCUUGAUGAUGAGUGAUUUUAGUUACUUAGCUUUUUGUGUGUGUAUUUUGUACUGAAAAUGAUUUGUUUUCUUUCUUUAUUUGCUCAACAUUGAAAUUUCUUUCUUUGUCGAGUCUUGCUCUUUCCUCCAUAACAUCAUUCUUUGUACUGUACCAUCUAUCAUUUUGUAGAACACUCACAAACACAAUAAAGUUUAAAUAUCUGAAACCUGA